AUGACGUCAAGCGAUCAAACGAUCGCAAAAGCCGCAAAGCAGGCAUUCGAAGCAUCGCAGCUCAUCUCCGCUGAGGAGCGAGUUCGUGCGCUGCAUGAAAUCCGCAAGGAACUAGAGUCGUCUAAGGCAGCUAUUCUCGAGGCGAACAAAGUCGACUUAGAGGAAGCUCAAGCCGACGUAGCCGCAGGCAGACUCUCUGACUCACUCGUAAAACGCCUCGACCUCGGUAAAGGCGACAAAUGGGACCAGAUGAUCCAAGGUCUCCUCGACGUCGCGAACCUCCCAGACCCGAAUGGCAACGUAUCUUACGCUUCGGAACUGGACGAAGGGCUGGAUCUGUACCGCAUUUCGUGUCCAAUUGGUGUAUUGCUGGUGAUCUUUGAGGCGAGGCCGGAGGUGGUAGUGAAUAUUGCUUCGUUGGCUAUCAAGUCUGGCAAUACCGCUAUUCUGAAAGGUGGCAAGGAAUCGAAUCGUACGACGGCAAUUAUCUCUUACGCCAUUCAGACCGCCCUUGCACGCACAUCCCUUCCUUUCACAACCAUCCAAUCAAUCCAAUCACGGGCAGAUGUUACGUCGUUGCUUCAGCUAGAUCAGUAUAUCGACCUCGUCAUUCCUCGCGGUAGUAACGCACUUGUACGCAGUAUUCAGCAUGGUACACGGAUACCUGUGAUGGGCCAUGCCGAUGGUAUCUGCUCCGUUUAUCUGGAUGAGUCGGCAGACGAAGAGACGGCUGUUAGGGUCGUGGUUGACUCGAAGAUCAACUACCCGGCAGCCUGCAACGCCGCCGAGACACUGAUCGUCCACGAAUCCCUCCUCACCACAAUCUGGCCCUCCGUAGCGCGUGCCCUCCUCUCCGAAUCCGUAACCCUCCUCUGCGACCCUCCCUCCCUCUUCGCUCUCUCCGCCCACUCGCUCUCUUCCCCUCUCCUCAAACCCGCCCCUUACGACGCCUACGACACCGAACAUCUCUCCCUAACCCUCUCCAUAAUCACCCUCCCCUCGAUCCAACAUGCAAUAACCCACAUCAACACGCACGGCUCCCACCAUACCGACUGUAUCAUCUCGCAAUCCGAGAAAGCUCAGUCAUUGUUCGUGAGAGGAGUCGAUUCCGCGGGCGUGUACGUGAACGCGAGUACGAGGUUCGCGGAUGGGUUCAGGUAUGGGUUCGGUGCGGAAGUGGGUGUUAGUACGGGACGGAUGCAUGCGAGAGGACCGGUGGGUCUGGAGGGAUUGUGUACUUAUAAGUAUGUGUUGAAGGGGAAGAGCGAGAGGAAGGGCCCGAUUGUGGGUGAGAUGGGGAGUGGGGAGGGAAAGAGGCCGUUUGUGCAUAGGAGGAUCGAGGCGAAGACGUUGCCGGAGGACUUGCUCCGGUGA